GUUUGUGUUGUGUUUUGUGAUCUAGUUUACUGCAUCAUUACUUUCACGAUGGUUUAUAAACAUUGAUAAAGCAUUUGUUUAUUCAUGAAGAAUGAUAAUGUGAUAAGUGAGUGUUCUUUAAAGGUUGAACCAAUACAGAAAAUUCAAAUAGAUCUUAACCUGAAGAUAAGUUCUGAAAUUGUAUGACUUUUUGAUCUUUUUUUAUUGUGAUAUACAUCUAGAAGCGUGUGCCAAGCGUGUUACAUUAUUGCUUAGUCUCAUUUGAACAUUUUGCAUAAAUUCAAUAGAGAUUUUUAAAAAUUUGAUCUCUACAAUGUUAGGGUUGGGUUCAAAAAGAUGUUUGUCAAAAUGGUUCUCGAAUUUAACAAGAUCUUGUUCAACAUUGGAUCCAACUCAGGAAGAAUUAUUAAACGAGAUGUGCUUUCUUGUGGAUGACAACGAUAAAGUGAUUGGUACAGCUACCAAAAAAGAAUGCCACGCUGUAAAAGAAGACGGUAAUGUCCUUCUACACAGAGCUUUUAGUGUCUUUUUGUUUGAUAAAAAAGGAGAUUUGUUGAUGCAGAAACGAGCUGAUACUAAAGUUACCUAUCCCGGUUAUUAUUCAAAUUCGUGUUGUAGCCAUCCUCUAGCAAGUGUCGCUGGGGAGGAUGACGUCAAUGAUGCUUUAGGAAUUAAAAAAGCUGCUAUACGACGGCUUAAUUACGAACUGGGAAUUCCCCGAGAUCAUUUACCAUUGGAUCGAUUUGAAUAUCUUACACGAAUAAAAUAUAAGGAUCAGGGAGAUGGUAAAUGGGGGGAAUACGAAAUCGAUUACAUACUAUUUUUCCAAGAUGAUGUUAAGCUAAAUCCUAACCCAAACGAAGUAUCAGCAAUUGCUUAUGUUCCUAAAAGUGAAUUUAAGUCGUACUUGCAUACGCUCGAUGGUCCUUUGACUCCCUGGAUGCAGCUAAUAGUUAAAAAACGUUUGUCUGUUUGGUGGGAUAAUUUGCACGAUUUAAGUAAAUUUAAAGAUCAUAAGCAAAUAUUGGAUCUGUCCUAAUUAUUAUUAUUAUUAAUCAUGUGGCAUUUUAUUGUGGUCAUAAGUAGAAUUAAGACAUAAAUGGUUAGUUUACCUCUUUACGUGAAUAGCAGGUAAGGAAUUCACUUACCUAUACAGGGUGUAGAAUUAAUAUGGACAACCUUGGGGUAUUAAUGAUAAUUAAAUAUCUUAAUAUUUUCUUCUUUAUUGAACUUACACUUCAAAAUGCAUUACACGAAGAUGAAAUUUUAAGCCCAAUUUAAUAGGGACAAAAUAUCGCCAUACUCCGAUUUUAACAUUCCUAUGUUGCAUGUAUUGGUUUCACAUCCUUUAAGUGUAUGUUCUGAUCAAUUUAUUAAACUUGAUUUCUAGUUUAAAAAAUGGGAAAGGUUACCGAUUCAUACUGCAUUAUAUACUCGUUUAUACCUGGGUAUUGUUACUCUCUGUGAUGAAGAGGCAUUGUUAAAGGUUAACAAAACAUAUAUUUGUUUAUAUAUUUUGAUAAAUGCAUAUUUAUUUAUUUAGUUUGGGGUUAUGGAAAAGAUUUGAAAAGUGUUAUUUUUGUACAUAUUAUCUCUGCAUAGAUGGUUUCUAAUGGAAUAAAAAUUCAAAGCUA